CUAGCGCGCGUGCAUCCCGCACCAUCCCCCGGCCCCCGGCCCCGGCCCGCGUCAGACCGAGCUGCCGCCGCCGCCACAGCAGCAGCAGCAGCAGCAGCAGCAGCACUCGGGGAUCCAGGCCCAGCCGGGGCCGCGGGAGGCGGGGGCGCCUGGGCCCUGGAUGUCCCGCAGCGCGACGGCCAGCGGCGGACCCAGGAGGCCUGAGCAGCAUCUGCCCCCUGCCCCCUUUGGGGCCCUGGGGCCCCCUGAAACCUCCAGGACGGAGCCAGACGGGGUGGGCACUAUGAACAAGCUACGGCAGAGCCUGCGGAGGCGGAAGCCAGCGUAUGUGCCCGAGGCAUCGCGCCCACACCAGUGGCAGGCGGAUGAAGACGCGGUGCGCAAGGGCACGUGCAGCUUCCAGGUCAGGUACCUGGGCCACGUGGAGGUAGAGGAGUCUCGGGGGAUGCAUGUGUGUGAAGAUGCUGUGAAGAAGCUGAAGGCGAUGGGCCGGAAGUCUGUGAAGUCCGUCCUGUGGGUGUCAGCCGAUGGGCUCCGAGUGGUUGAUGACAAGACCAAGGACCUGCUGGUAGAUCAGACCAUUGAAAAAGUCUCCUUUUGUGCUCCGGACCGCAACCUGGACAAGGCUUUCUCCUACAUCUGCCGUGAUGGGACUACCCGCCGCUGGAUCUGCCACUGUUUCCUGGCGCUCAAGGACUCCGGCGAGAGGCUGAGCCACGCCGUGGGCUGCGCGUUCGCCGCCUGCCUGGAGCGGAAACAGCGGCGGGAGAAGGAAUGCGGGGUCACCGCCGCCUUCGACGCCAGCCGCACCAGCUUCGCCCGCGAGGGCUCCUUCCGCCUGUCUGGGGGUGGGCGGCCGGCAGACCGCGAGGCUCCGGACAAAAAGAAAGCAGAGGCAGCAGCUGCCCCAACUGCAGCUCCUGGCCCCGCCCAGCCUGGGCAUGUGUCCCCAACACCGGCUACCACAUCCCCUGGCGAGAAGGGUGAGGCCGGCACCCCAGUGGCUGCAGGCACCAUGGCGGCUGCCAUCCCCCGGCGCCAUGCCCCCCUGGAGCAGCUGGUUCGCCAGGGCUCCUUCCGUGGGUUCCCGGCGCUCAGUCAGAAGAACUCACCUUUCAAACGGCAGCUGAGCCUACGGCUAAAUGAGCUGCCUUCCACGCUGCAGCGCCGAACUGACUUCCAGGUGAAGGGCACAGUGCCUGAGAUGGAGCCUCCUGGUGCCAGUGACAGCGACAGCAUCAGUGCUCUGUGCACACAGAUCAGCUCGUCUUUCGCCAGUGCCGGAGCACCAGCACCAGGACCGCCACCAGCUUCAGCAGGGACUUCUGCCUGGGGGGAGCCCUCUGGGCCGCCUGCAGCUGCCUUCCAGCCUGGACACAAGCGGACCCCUUCGGAGGCCGAGAGGUGGCUGGAGGAGGUGUCCCAGGUGGCAAGGCAGCAGCAGCAGCAGCAGCAGCAGCAGCAGCAGCAGCAGCAGCAGCAGCAGCAGCAGCAGCAGCAGCAAGCGGCCUCAGUGCCUGCCGUGCCCCCUGGCCUGCAGCCCUUCCCUGCCCCCAUGGGGCCCUUCGACACCGCACCUGCCCAGGUGGCCGUGUUCCUGCCGCCCCCACACCUGCAGCCCCCUUUUGUGCCCGCCUACCCGGGCUUGGGCUACCCGCCCAUGCCCCGGGUGCCCGUGGUGGGCAUCACACCCUCACAGAUGGUGGCCAACGCCUUCUGCUCAGCCGCCCAGCUCCAGCCCCAGCCUGCCACCCUGCUCGGGAAAGCCGGGGCCUUCCCACCCCCUGCCGCACCCAGUGUCCCUGGGGGCCAGGCCCGUCCACGCCCCAAUGGGGCGCCCUGGCCCCCGGAGCCAGCACCUGCCCCGGCCCCUGAGUUGGACCCCUUCGAGGCCCAGUGGGCAGCAUUAGAAGGCAAACCUGCCGUAGAGAAGCCUUCCAACCCCUUCUCGGGCGACCUACAAAAGACCUUUGAGAUUGAACUGUAGCCCAAGCCACCCUGCCCACCCCAUCAUCUCCAGGUGCCUGACGCCUGGGAGUGGAGGCCCAACCUCUCCCCUAGUCCUCCCUGGAGCUGAGGCCCCCAAUAUCCCCUCUAUGCCCUUUCUCUUUACCACCUCCCACAACCACUACAGAACCGACAUUGUGACGCCCAGGUUGCGACGGGAUGGAAUUCAGGGACGGACCCAGCCUGGCUAAGGGACCCAUUUCACUGCCACUGUCUGGCAGAGCUCCCUUUCCCCCACUCCAGACACAGGGGGAUGGCCACAAUCCCACCGAGUGCUCUCUGUCCAAGCUACAUUUCCCAGUUUCUGUUAUUGUUCUUCUACCUUCCAGUGUUGGGUGGGAUGGAAGGGGGACCACCACCCAGGAGCCCUCCUGGGCCCCAAACGAGCACCCAGCCCAAGCCUGGUCAUUCCUCAACCCCAUACACAGCACAAGCAAAGGGCUUCCCUCUGCCCACCUGCUGCAUUCACUGCCAAUGCUGUGCUCACCCCUGCCGCCCCUCCCGUCCCCUCGGGGACCCACAUCUUCCUUGGGCCAAGGUCUCAUGGGGGUAGGGGCCAAGUUGAGGGCCCAGGAGGCGGGGUAGGGGGGAGGAAGGGAGAGAGGAUGCUCAGUUACCUCACGUCAGUGCCCGCUGGGGAGGGGUGUCCAGGAAGAAGGAAGGGGUGCCUGGCGGGUACUUUUCUAUCUUUUAUUUCCAGAUUUUUUUGUAUCUAAACUUGCAGAUUUGUAUUAUACAAGGACAGCCAAUAAAGGAAGAAUAUAAUGG